UUGUGCUGUAGAGUCAUGAACGAUUCGCUUGCGUUGUUGCUCCACAGGCUCGUGUUCUUGUCCGACUUGAGCGCGCUCAAAAGCGCGUGGCCGUGGCGGACGGAGCGAGAGAACGCGGCCCCGACACCAUCACCUCCUCCUCCUCUUCUGGACACGCUCGCGCUCCCGUUAUGCCGCGGGGACGUGCUCGAGGUGCCGCGCACGCUUUUCGUGCACUUCGGUAUCUAUCUCGGUGAUGACCGCGUAGCGCAUCUCGUGCCCGAUAUUCUUCCGGCAAUCACCGGAGAGCGCGCGCUCACCGCGGUCACCAACACACGCCUAGUGCUCGGCUGCAUGUGCCGGAGCGCGAGCGUGCGUGUGGAUUCGGUGGCAGACUUCGCGUACGGCGCCCCGGUGCACGUGAACGCCAUGGACCGCAGACUCUUCUACGCGCGCCCUAUGGACGGUGAGCAGGUUGCGCGCAGGGCAGAGAGACGCGUAGGUCACGUGGCCUACAGCCUUUUGUGGAAUAACUGCGAACACUUCGUCACCUCCUGUAGAUACGGUUCACACGUGAGCCUGCAGACCGACCAGUUCUGUAGUGGCAUGAAGGCGGUUGUUCGGGAUCAGAGGAGCGUCCUGCUUUCACUGCUGUUAGGUCUCAUCUCCAUCAUUUACUUUGGUCUGGUACCAGCGACGACAUUCCCCACAAUCCUCAUCUCGUUUACAUUAUGGAUGGCUGGCUGAAAAAGCGUACAGGAUCGAACGGACUACAGACUUUCUGCUGCUUCGCCUCACAUCCUGUGUUUCAGCUUAUAAUCACUUCCCCUAAACACUUCUUAGUGCACACACAUUCCAACCAGCACACAUGCAACACACAACCAAGGGCUUUGUCACUGCAAAUACAACUUUAAUGGUGAUGUGUCAUUAAAGGGAACUAGUAUGUUCAAA